CACACCAACUUUUAAGAGACUUUUUAGACCUCUGAUAGCCAUUUGUGAAUUACUCACACACCAGCAAAUGAGACUAUUUAUGACACACUCUAGCAAAUUACCUUCACUCAGUAGGUGGUAUCCUGACGUUUAACAUGCCAUUUACAAUGUGGACAAACUGCAAUCACAACAUUUUUCUAGGCCACGGGUGGAACACACCCACAUGACAGUUUCUGCAGCGGUCCAACAAAAAGCAGUCCUGAGUUAUUUUGGAGCAUCAUUAUGACUCACCUUCACUACUACAACCUGCACUAACUACCAAAAGCUGGGAUUUCUUGAGCUGGAAACAGCAAGAAAAAGCAUUAUAAAUGAUGGCAGAUCAUGGUGCCCCAUGUGAUGGGCAGGAGGCCACCUAUUGCAUGAAUAGUGGGACAUGCUACAAAAUACCUUCAAUGAAUACACUCUCCUGUGUGUGCAAUGAAGAUUACAAAGGCAGCAGAUGUGAGCAGUUUCAGCUCCCGAGCAAGUUCAGCAAUGCAGGGGAGGCAGGGUUAAUUGCAGCCGUGGUCAUUGUUGCCCUCCUCAUCUUAGUGGUGCUGGCAGUUGUUAUCUACUACGUACGCAGGAUGUUGAAAGCCAAGCAACAGAGCCAACAGAGCAACCAGCAGCCGUACUGGAGAGUAAAACCAAGAGUAUAACCUCUCUUGUGGUGUACAUUUUGUUUUCUCUUUUGGUUCUGUGUUGGAUGGGAUGAUGAAAUAAUUAUAUGAUGACUAUGAAAGACCAAAUAGAUGGGAGGAAAACUGCUGCGCUGACUUUAACUAAAGUCAAGGCAGGUGAAGAGCUGACAGCUGAUUAAUCGUUUCAUGAGAUUUAUGGAUUCCAUGCAGUUUGCUACAGAAAGGUGUAAUUCAUUAGCGCGCACGCACACACACGCGCACACACACACGCACACACACACACACACCACACACAUAGAAACAGGGUGUGAAACAAGUGUGAGUGGGAGAGAGUUGAAUCACACCUGGCACAGUUGCCUUUUAACACAUCUAAGAAGUUGGCACUGUUGUUACUCCUACUUAAAACACAUUUCAAUCUAUGUGCUUUGUCUAGAAUGGAUUUACAAAGCAUAGUUGGACUAUGUAAAAACUAUUUUGUGAAAUACUAUUGAAAAUACUGAAUAGUAAGGAAUUAUAAAACAACCCCUUGUAUAAAUGAAUGAAUAUGCUCAAUAUGCUAUUAGUAAAUAUUUUGUAAUUGUGUAAAUAUAUGCAAUGAUCCCUACUGAA